AGAAGGAAACAAACAGAGUGAAAGAAGAGAGAGCUCGGGAGUCGGGAGAGGACGGGAGAGGAAUUUACUUAUUUACAUCACCGACAAAGCCUCGGGAGGAAGACAAACUCCUUUUCGAAGAGUUCCCGUUCCUUAUCCCGACCGACUAGAUUUAAAAAACAUUCAAGCAAUGGCCCAAGAGACAAACCAGAGUCCUGUGCCUAUACUGUGUACCACAGGCUGUGGUUUCUAUGGCAACCCCAGGACCAAUGGCAUGUGUUCGGUGUGCUAUAAGGAGCACUUAAACAGACAUCAAAGCAGUGAUCGCAGUCCCAUGAGUCCCCUGGCUGGCAGCCCCUCAGCAGAAGCCUCUGCUAUACACAGACUAGAAGCCAGCAUAAACAAAGCAGAGCCUUCACCUGCACCCAGAACUGAUACCAUGAGAGAAAGUAUUCCUUCCAGCUCCUUACCAGUCACACAACAGAUGACAGAAAUGAGCAUUUCCAGAGAGGGAAAGUCCCUGUCUCCUAAAGCUGAGGCUUCUGAUCCAGUCAUAACACAGCCCACCUCCUCCUACUCCCCAAUCCCUGUGGCUCAGGGCAGUGAUGAGGGCAAGAGUCCAGAUUCCUCCAAACCGAAGAAAAAUAGAUGCUUUACCUGCCGUAAAAGAGUUGGCCUUACAGGUUUUGACUGUCGAUGUGGCAAUCUGUUCUGUGGGAUUCACCGGUACUCAGACAAGCACAACUGCACGUACGAUUACAAGGCUGAAGCCGCUGCGAAGAUCAGGAAGGAGAAUCCCGUAGUGGUGGCUGAUAAGAUCCAGAGAAUAUAAGCUUUACCCUCUUUCUCCAAGAACAUUGGUGGAUAAAAUGGACGUCUUGAAAAACGGACUUGUGUUUUUCUAUCACCUUAAAAAGAAACCGAGAGAACUGUACUGUCUGAGGCUCAUGCAUAAACGAUCUUGACAGAUUUUGGUUUUCUAAUAGGUAUUAAUUUCUUCUUCUUCUUUUUUUGUCCUCUCUGUGGUGUUUUAUGCUAGUUAUUCUUGCAUAUUCUUUUGUUUACUAAAGCAUAGGACACCUUUCAGGAAAUUUUAGCUAUUAUUAUUAGUAUAAUUUGUAUUUUUUUUUUUGCCUGUUCCCGCCCUCAUCCAAUGAGAGUGGCAGAUACUCUGUGCCAAAAAGUGGCCGUGAAGUUUCUGAGUAAGUAGGUUUCAGCCUUGGACUUAUGAAUGACGCUGAAUUUUUAAGAGGUGUGUCAAAGCUCUACCCGGUGAUGUGUGCAGCAUGUAUUGGUCUGUUAAACUUCAGUUUGUCAUUCCCGUCUGUUCUAGCAAAAUCAGUUGGAAUGUGAGGCCGCCCAGUUAAUACCGUUUAUUUAAAAUUAAUUUAGAAUGUGAACUUGCUACUGUGACAUCAUCCCUUUUCUUUGUUUUUGAAUGAAUGGUUGAGAUUCAUCUGAAGUAUUUUUUUUUUAAUUAUUAUUAUUCGUCUAUUGUAACUCUUUUCCCACAUUCUAGAACCAAUAACAUCCAUUCUGCGUUUUAGAGUUUCAGAUGCCUGGGGGUUUUAUUUGUGUUAAUUAUGUGAGCCUUUUUGAUAAGACUGUGAGGUGGUACAGUCUUUUUCCGUGUGAGCGUACUUGUGUGCAUGGGGGAAAUUUGCUCGCAAGUCCUUCUUUCCUGUUGUCAAAGCGAGAUGAGCUAACCCUCCAUUGAAAGUGCAUUCAUAACACCGCAAUAGUAUAGGCAUAAAGUCAGACCUGAUUCUGUGAAACAUUGUUCUUUUUGUUUGUUUUAAAAUGCACCCACAAUGCACCUGUCAUUUUUGUGUGUCUGCACAGGUUAAUGUAAGUGAGUCCGAGUGCAUGUGUUGUGUAUAUAAAUGUCUUUUCUUCUGUAGGGAGUGAGGUUUCCUAAAAAAAAAAAAGAAAAAAAGAAAAAAGAUGUAUCUGUUGAGAGUAUGUAUCUGUUUGAGGUUUAAUUUCAGCCUUUAGUUAUAUGCAAAUUUGUAUGAGAAAACCUUACUAUGUUCAUAUUUAUGUAUUGCAUUUAAUCCUUUUACCUGGCAUUAAAGAAAAAAGUAUUGUAAAUAAAAAUAUACAGAGAGAAAUUA